UCAUCGGAAUAUUUAUUAUGGUGAAUUACCUAUUCCCGGUGACAUAUAGAACCAGGUACAGGGAGCUGAUCAAAACAAUGGUCUAUCCGUCUACUGACCAGGCCUGGGCCAACAAUCUUCUUCUCUGUCCGGAAAUGAUCGGAAGACUUGGAAACACGAUGUUUGAAUAUGCAGGUGCCUAUGGCAUAGCUAAGGAAGUCAACAGGACAUUGGUGUUACCAGAGGAUGACAAGCUGUGGGCAAUAUUUCAUAUAACGGCAAAAUCUGUUUAUAAUCGGACAUUUACCUGUGAAAGGUGGAAACAUGAACGUAUUGAAUUCUCCGGAAUUUGGGAGAACCAAGUAUACGAUAAAGUGCGGAGGUCUAAGGAAAAUGUGGUGCUGAGGCACUAUUUCCAGUCAUGGAAAUUUUUUGAAAAAUACAAAAAAGAAAUUAAAUCUGAAUUUUCUCUGAAAGAUUCAAUACAGGAUUCAGUGAAUGAAAUUCUCCGUAAAAUUGCGACGUCCUUUUAUCCUACUGAAAAGCACAUGACCUUUGUCGGAGUUCAUAUCAGACGUGGUGAUUAUCUAAGCACACGGUUUGCGUCUUUUGGGUAUAACAUUGCUUCGAUGGGUUAUGUGAAGCGUGCGAUGCAAUACUGUCUAUCUAAAUACCUGAACCCCGUGUUUAUUGUCUGUUCUGAGGAUGUGAAGGAGACAAAACGUGAACUGGAAUCCAUUACUGGCGCGCGUAUUGAGGUUUUGUUUCACGAAAAAAUUGCGGAAGUUGAUUUUGGGCUGUUGGUGGCGUGUAACCACACUAUAAUGACGGUUGGCAGUUUUGGAUGGUGGGCAGGAUAUCUCGCUGGAGGUGACGUCAUCUAUUAUAAAUAUCCUGUUAGGGAAAAUACAAAAGCACGAAAACAGUUUGAUAGCAACUUUUCUGAUUAUUUUCAUCCAACAUGGAUAGGUAUGGAGUAGAUGAAGUAUGGACCAAUUUCGUUUCAAUGUGUAAACACCAAUAAAGAAUAAACAAGAAGAAAAGAACUGGGCGUUCCGGAAGGCUACGCGUCACCUGCCUCAUCUGCAUAAUCCAUGUAAUUCUUUUAUAAAAUCAAA